GUGUAUCCUGGCCACUGACAUGGCCAAGCAUAACGAGAUCCUCAACUCCUUCAAGACCAUCAUUCCCUACUUUGACUUCAACGACAAGGAACACAAGUCGGUGCUGAUGAUGGUUCUGAUGAAAGUCUCGGACAUCUCUAACGAAGCGCGACCACUGUCAGUGGCCAUGCCCUGGCUGGAUUGCUUACUAACCGAGUUUUUUAACCAGCUUAUGAUGAUCUUGAUAAAAGUGGCUGACAUUUCAAACGAAGCGAGGCCCAUGGCUGUUGCUGAACCUUGGUUAGAUUGUUUGCUUCAAGAGUUCUUCAACCAGAGUGACCUUGAGAAGCUGGAGGGUCUGCCGGUAGCACCGUUCAUGGACCGAGAGAAAGUGUCCAAGUCAUCGUCGCAAGUCGGGUUUAUCAAGUUUGUUUUGCUGCCGCUCUUUGAGACGGUGGGGAAACUUUUUCCUCAGUUAGAGAAUGCAAUCAUCGAGCCUGUCCGCGACGCGCUGGCCUACUACACAGAGAUGCAGCGCGCUCUGGAGGAAGAGAAGGCCAAGAAAGACUCCCUGGUCGAGUCGGCCGAUGGGGACAAGAACGGGAUGCUGCCUGCGAAGACAAACAGGAGCAACAGCAACAGCAGCAGCAGCAGCAAUAUCAACAACAGCGCUGGCGGUGGUGAGGAGAAAGAGAAGGAGAAGGAGAAGGAGCCAAAGACGAAGGCAGCAUCGAAAAACAACUCAUCAACCAACCUCUCUGGGCCGUCAAUAUCUUCAUCGAUAACAUCUUCAACAUCAACGUCAUCGUCGUCAUCCACAGCAAAAAUCAACAAUUCCUCCUCAUCCGUACGCCGUGGCAGUGCGACAACCCUUCUCACAGCUAAGCUCUCUGUUGAGGUUGAUUCCUCCGCUCCGUCAUGAUCGAAACAAACAGACUUUUUGACACGCUAGUCUACGUACGCUGCGCCCUGCAUCCCCCCCCCCUCCAGUUGUCCAGUUGUGUGAUGUUGUUUCUUUGGGUUGUGAGGUGAAAUCAGAUAAAACUACGCCUGUGUUUGGGAUGUGAGGAUGAGGGAAAUAGGUAGGCUAUGUCACUGUUCCGAUUGUGAGGUCGACUGAGAUAGGGCUACGCCUGUGUUUGGGAUGUGAGGAUGAGGGAAAUAGGUAGGCUAUGUCACUGUUCCGAUUGUGAGGUCGACUGAGAUAGGGCUAUGCCUGUGUUUGGGAUGUGAGGAUGAGGGAAUAGGUAGGCUAUGUCACUGUUCCGAUUGUGAGGUCGACUGAGAUAGGGCUACGCCUGUGUUUGGGAUGUGAGGAUGAGGGAAAUAGGUAGGCUAUGUCACUGUUCCGAUUGUGAGGUCGACUGAGAUAGGGCUAUGCCUGUGUUUGGGAUGUGAGGAUGAGGGGAAUAGGUAGGCUAUGUCACUGUUCCGAUUGUGAGGUCAACUGAGAUAGGGCUACGCCUGUGUUUGGGAUGUGAGGAUGAGGGGAAUAGGUAGGCUAUGUCACUGUUCCGAUUGUGAGGUCGACUGAGAUAGGGCUACGCCUGUGUUUGGGAUGUGAGGAUGAGGGAAAUAGGUAGGCUAUGUCACUGUUCCAAUUGUGAGGUCGACUGAGAUAGGGCUACGCCUGUGUGUGGGUUGUGAGGUGAAAAGAGAUAAGACUAAGCCUCUGUUUGGGUUGUGAGGGAGAGUGAGAUGUGACUAUGACAAUGUUCAGAAUGUAAGGAUGAUAUGAAAUAGACCAUGUCCCUGUUUGAUCAAUGCCUCUGUUCAGAAUGUAAAGAUGGUAUGAAAUAGACAAUACCUCUGUUCAGAAUGUAAAGAUGGUAUGAAAUAGACAAUACCUCUGUUCAGAAUGUAAAGAUGGUAUGAAAUAGACGAUGCCUCUGUUCAGAAUGUAAAGAUGGUAUGAAAUAGACAAUGCCUCUGUUUGGUUUGAGAUGGUGAGGGAAAUAAACGAUGUCCCUGUUUUGGAUGUGAUUGUUGUGAUCCAACACAGAAUGUUCAGAGCACACAUCACUCAGCAGACAUUUCUGCAUGUUGUUGUUAAUGUUGUUAAUGUUGUUGUCGUUGUUGUUGUUGUUAUCGUGUCAAAGCUUCCAAUUUCCUGCCAUCGGGGGACUCACCCAAGCAAAUUUCAUGAUUGCUGUCGUUCUCCAAAAAAUGAGGAGGAUAAUUUUGCUCACAUACUGCGUCAUGUCAGCUUAAACAUGACGUAUUUUUGGGGACUUGUCGUUCAACAGUAUCUGAUAAAUGUACAACUAGUGUUUCUUUUACUGUGAUCGAAUGAGAAUGGGUGAUGAUUUGGAGAAGAAGACACCUGCAAAUGAAAAACAAAACAAUUUGAUCUUGUGAAGAUCAUUCUAACUCGCUUUAUAUGUAUGAUUUUUUGUAUACAUGUUCCAUGUUUGAUGGAUCUCCGAGCAAACAUGCUUCAUCUGAUUAUUGUUUACAAACUGCAGUUUUUUCAAACGUACAAGCUUCUAAUUCUCCGAGAACAGACGGUUCCUCUGUCAGGGGAAGCAAGGGAGAGUGAAGAGAUCAUGCCCUUUGACCUUUCUUUUGUGUCCAGACUUGAGCAAAGACCCUCAGGAGAUGCCAUAAUUGCAAUGUCUUACGCAGAUUGUCUGCUGUUUUUGCAAUGUCGUUCUGAGUUUGUCUGUUAUCGUUGCAAAGUCGUAUUGAGUUUAUCUGUUGUUAUCAUUUGUUGUUAUCAUUGCAAUGUCUUUUAGAGAUUGUGUAGUCAGACUGAAAGCAAGUUUCAAUCAGUUGUCAAGAAGAAGGUUCCAUAAAAA